AUGAAUUUGUCUGAAAUACUCAACAACGCUAAGAAGGGCCGUGAGUUUGCUUUGCUGGGGAACUAUGAUUCUUCAGCUGUGUACUACCAGGGUGUCAUUCCACAGGUCCAAAAGCACUGCCAGUCUUUCAGUGAUCCUGGUCUUAAAGUCAAAUGGCAGAAGGUCCAGAAGGAACUGACAGAGGAGUAUGAGCAGGUGAAAGACAUCAUAAAAACACUAGAGAGCUUUAAGCUACCUAAGCCUAUUGACAACCUCGGACCUCAGACUGACGAGAAAGUUGAGGACCCGGAGGUUUGGCCCCCACCAAUUCCUGCUGAGCACAGGAAUCCCAUUGCAGUAAAGCGUCCACACAACGGCAUCAAGCAACAGAAGAAGGACUCACCUGGCCUGCAUCAUCGAGGGGCGGGACAAGGGGUGUGUGGUCAGGCCAUCCCUAAAACAGACCGGCAAGGACACAGAGAUGCUCGCAGCAACAAGGUCAAAGAUGAAAAGGCAAAGAAAGUGGGUGGCAGUGAGGGGGGAGAGUCAGAGCUGAAGAAGUUUGACAGCACAGGACAUGACAGUGAUCUGGUGGAGUCACUGGAGAGAGACAUUGUGUCUCGUAACCCUAACGUACACUGGGAUGACAUUGCUGAUCUGGAAGAUGCAAAGAAGCUGCUGAGGGAAGCCGUGGUGUUACCCAUGUGGAUGCCUGACUUCUUCAAGGGCAUUCGUCGGCCCUGGAAGGGAGUGUUGAUGGUCGGUCCUCCAGGGACAGGAAAGACCAUGUUAGCCAAAGCUGUGGCCACAGAAUGCGGGAUGACAUUCUUCAAUGUGUCCUCAUCCACCCUCUCAUCCAAAUACAGGGGCGAGUCUGAAAAACUUGUUCGUUUGCUCUUUGAACUGGCCCGGUUCUACGCUCCAACCACCAUCUUUAUAGACGAGAUCGACGCCAUCUGUAGCAGAAGAGGAACAUCGGAUGAACACGAGGCGAGCCGCAGGGUCAAAUCUGAGCUGCUGAUUCAGAUGGAUGGUGUGGGCGGAGCCCUGGAGAAUGAUGACCCCUCUAAGAUGGUGAUGGUCCUUGCUGCUACAAACUUUCCCUGGGACAUUGACGAGGCGUUACGACGACGUUUGGAGAAGCGGAUCUACAUCCCGCUGCCCACAGCUGUGGGCCGUGUGGAGCUCCUGAAAAUCAACCUGAGGGAGGUGGAGGUGGCCCAGGAUGUGGACCUGAACCUGAUUGCUGAGAAGAUCGAGGGCUACUCUGGGGCUGACAUCACCAACGUCUGCAGGGACGCGUCCAUGAUGGCCAUGCGCCGACGUAUCCAAGGCCUGCGCCCCGAGGAGAUCCGAGCCCUGUCCAAAGACGAGCUGCAGAUGCCUGUGACCAUGGAGGACUUCACCCUCACCCUCAAGAAGAUCUCCAAGUCCGUGUCUGCUGCCGACCUAGAAAAAUACAAAGCCUGGAUGCUCGAGUUUGGGUCUGUAUAAAA